AGCUCCCGGUUUGGAGGGUGGGACAGCCCCUCUCUGGAGGGCCAUGCGAGGUGCAGGGGUGCUCCCCAGCCCCGCCGAGGCUCUGCCAGGCAGAGCACAGAGGAUGACAGUGACAGCAGGGCUGGCUCUGCUCACAGGGCUGACAGGGCACGCCGAGGUGGUGAGGGUGGUCUUUGACCCCCAGAAAAUCAGCUACGAGGAGCUCCUCAAAAUGUUCUGGGAGAACCACGAUCCCACUCAAGGCAUGAGGCAGCAGGAGGACGUGGGCACCCAGUACCGCUCCGUCAUCUACACCCUGGGCCCCCGGCAGCAGGAGACUGCCCUCCGGAGCAGGGACCUGUACCAGCAGGUACUGGGGACACUGGGACGCCCUGGGGACACAGAGAUCGAGCCGGCCCGUGACUUCUACUACGCCGAGGACCGUCACCAGCAGUACCUGCACAAGGUGCCCGGGGCCUCCUGUGGCAUGAAGGGCACCGGGGUCACCUGCCCCAUCACACGCUGAGGGGCCACCCCGUGUCCCCUGCGCUGUCCCCGUGUCCCCUGCGCUGUCCCCACGCCCCUGGCAUUGCUGGCCCCACGUGUCACUGCCACCCCAUAGCACCUCACUGUCCCCCAGUUAAAGCCCUGUGACCCCCACCCUGUCCUGGCUUUUCCUGGGGGCUCUGGGGG